AAUCAGCAAAGAGGGAAACGCUAUCCGCUACCCAUCGCCCCGUCGCGCCUACAGACGAGUGACCGAGAUGGCGGCGGCGGCGGCGGCGAGGCGCGCCGCUAGCCUCCUCCCUCUCCUCCUCUCCUCGCCGUCGCGAGCUCGCCUGCCUCACCGCCAAACGCUCACCCUGACCCCUCUGCUGCGCCCCCACGGCCUCUACUCCCACUCCGGCCCCAAGCCCACGUCAUCCGCCGCGUUUUCCGCCUCCGCCGGCGCCGCGGCCUCGAAUGGCAGCGCGCCCGCGGAGAGGACCCGGGAGCUGCAGCUCUACAACACGAAGUCGCGGCGGAAGGAGCUGUUCCAGCCACGGGUUCCCGGCGGGGAGGUCGGCAUGUACGUCUGCGGCGUCACCCCCUACGACGACAGCCACAUCGGCCACGCCCGCGCCUACGUCGCCUUCGACGUCCUCUACAGGUACCUGCUUUAUUUGGACCAUAAAGUGCGCUAUGUUCGGAAUUUUACUGACAUUGAUGACAAGAUAAUUGCAAGAGCAAAUCAAUUGGGAGAAGAUCCUUUUAGCUUAAGCAAAAGGUACUCUGAUGACUUCCUAUCAGACAUGGCUGAUCUUCAUUGUUUACCACCAUCUGUGGAGCCUCGUGUUUCUGACCACAUUGAUCAGAUUAUAAACAUGAUUAAACAGAUCCUUGAUAAUGGCUGUGCAUAUAUAAUUGGUGGGGAUGUUUAUUUCUCUGUUGAAAAUUUCCCUGAAUACGGGGAGUUAUCUGGUCGAAAAUUAGAUGAUAAUAGAGCUGGUGAAAGGGUUGCUGUUGAUGAGAGGAAGAAGAACCCAGCUGAUUUUGCUCUGUGGAAGGCUGCAAAAGAUGGGGAGCCAGGUUGGGAUAGCCCUUGGGGCCUUGGAAGGCCAGGAUGGCACAUAGAAUGCAGUGCCAUGAGUGCACAUUACUUGGGCCACUCUUUUGAUAUACAUGGUGGUGGGGAGGACCUCGUCUUUCCACACCAUGAGAAUGAAAUUGCUCAGAGCCGUGCCGCAUGUUGUGACAGCAGCAUUAGUUACUGGAUACACAAUGGCUUUGUCAAUGUAAACAGCCAGAAAAUGUCAAAAUCGCUGGGCAACUUUGUCACUAUACGCAAAGUUACAGAACUGUACCACCCGCUUGCUUUGAGAAUAUUUUUACUUGGUACACACUACAGGUCCCCAAUCAAUUAUUCCAUAGAACAGCUUAAUGUUGCAUCAGACAGAUUGUACUACACUUACCAGACACUACAAGAUUGUGAAGAAAAUUGUCGACAACACCAAAGCAAUGCUGGAGACCCGUUACCUGUUAAUACUACAAAUUUUAUCCAGAAACUUCAUGAUGAAUUUGAGGCUUCAAUGUCUGAUGAUCUUCACACUUCAGUAGCACUGGCUGCUGUUUCUGAGCCACUAAAAGUUAUGAAUGAUUUACUGCAUACUCGUAAGGGAAAGAAGCAGGAAAAGCGACUGGAGUCACUUUCUGCUAUGGAAGAGAAAAUAAGGGCAGUGCUUUCUGUCCUAGGGCUACUUCCAUCAAGCUAUUAUGAUGCUCUGCAGCAGCUGCGGGAAAAAGCACUGAGAAGAGCUUCCAUGACAGAGGAUCAGGUCCUGCAGAAGAUUGAAGAAAGGACUUCAGCAAGAAAGGCGAAACAGUACGAAAAAUCUGAUGAAAUCCGAAAAGAACUGGCUGCCGUUGGAAUUGCUCUCAUGGAUGGUCCAGAAGGAACAACUUGGAGGCCAUCUGUACCUCUUUCUGAGCAAGGGUUGGUUGCCAGUACAUGAUCUGCACAACAAGCUCCGGUGUGACCAUUGGCCCCAUCACCAUUCAUGAGAAACUGCAAUGUGCUGGAGCUUUCUGGGAGAAAGUCAAGAUGGCCUGCACGAUUCGGUAGAGUGGAGAUAUAGGAACGAGAAGAUAACCAAGUUUUACAGUCUUAUCACCUCAUACAUUUUUUUGUGUUCUUUGUAACUAAUUAAGUAGUAAUCAUUCUUGAGUCAGCUACAGCUGAUGUGGUGCAACAUUUUGUCAGUCUAUAACUUGCAUAAUUCUUUUUGAAUGAUAAUACGGUUUUGCAUCUCAAAUC